AUGUUGCUGCCGAGAACAUCGAGCUUGAUCCGCCGGAGGAAUCUCCAUCGCACGGGGUUCAAGAGCCCCACGCCCGAGGAUGGCUCAGACGACCUCUAUGCCAGAUUAUCACAGCUGCGCUCAUCAACGCUACGGGAUCGCAACCUGCUAGGAAUGCACACGAUCUAUCUGGGAGAGUCAUUUUUACUCACCUAUGUAGUCCGAAACAGUAUUGAUGCAGAAGCAACACCAUCGUCCGUUUCUACGCUGCAACUGCCUUUGCCCACAGCUGCCAGCAACAAGGACAGGCUGAGACCGGAUUCGCAUCUCAGUGAGGAGGACCUGGAGGUUUUGAGAUUGAGAAACGCUUUCACAUUACCCGAGAAAGAGGCCUGCGAUGCGCUCGUAGCAACAUUCUUUCAGAUUGUCUAUCCGGCUUUUCCGAUAUUCGACAGACGAGACUUUGCUCUGCUGUAUGAAACAAACCAAAUCUCAUUACUUGUUCUCAACUCAAUAUUCGCGUUGGCAAGCACCUUAUGCGAUGCAAAGGUGCUCAAAAUGGCCGGCUUUGACUGUCGAAGGUCCGCUCGAAAGACGUUCCUCAAACGCACCAAGGCGUUGUAUGAUGCAGAUUACGACAGAGACAAGGUUUCUUUAAUCCAAGCGACCUUUAUCAUCAGCUUUCUCUGGGAUGGCGCAAACGACGCGAAAGACAUGUGGCAUUGGCUUGGCAUCGCGAUCAGCAUUGCUCAGACGAAAGGACUGCACAGAUCCACGAGGCAUUCGAUUCUACGAUUACGCGACCGCAAGCUGUGGAAGCGGCUAUGGUGGUCGCUUUAUGUUCGCGACCGCCACUGCGCAGGUACCGUUGGUCGUCCAUUGCGGAUCCGUGACGACGACUGCGACGUCGAGCCGUUGGACGAAACAGACUUUAUUGAUGCCGAUGACGAUGAGUUUGGCGACAGCGACCCGGUCGUCCGCUCAAGUGUCUGCACGAGGAUUAACGUUAACUUUGCACAUAUUCAAUACACUAUCUCAAUGUCCAGACUUACUGUGAUUUUCGGCAAUAUCAUCUCAAGCAAAUUUCCUAUUUCCCCUUCAAGAGACACUCUCAGUUCGGCAGAACUGGUCGAACACCUGAAAAUAUGGCGGCAACAAUUGUUGCUUAGGGUUAGUGAUGAUGAUGAAGACCAGAACACAUGGUUUUGGGCACGAAUGCUGGAUUUGAGCUACAAUCACCUGCUCAUUCUGCUUCAUCGUCCCGAGCACGGAAAGGUUCCGGGGACCGUUAUCUCGCCGCACCAUAAGGCACUCAUGGCUGCAAAUAGGAUCUCCAGGAUCGUUGAUGAGUUCCUAGGUAUGGGGGCGAUGCAACAAACCCAGCUUCAGAUGUAA